AUGAGCGGGGAGUCAGGAUAUUUCUUUACAAAUCUGUCUUGUGCGCUGCAAUUUGUACAAGACAUGAAUUAUGCAAGUUUGAAAAUGGAACGAUCGGAAUUUGAAGCUUAUACUUCUGGAGAUCUUGUUCCACCAUUGAAUAUGAUGAAUUGCGGGUGCAAUCAGGCUCUUGGAUCCAUGGAAGAAUCUCUGGCCAAACUCCGUGAACUUAUUGAACGGCAGCAUACUUUAUCCAGCAGAAUAGACGAAUUUGUACGAAGAGUUAGCGUUGAAGAAGCUGAAUUUACCGAAGAAUUCAACAAAAUGCUUGGCAUGUACCCAUCUCAGGAAUAUCAAAAGCUGAAAGAACAGCUUGCUCGUGAGGAGAAAGAGACGAUGGAAGUUUGUUCGAUGACAUCGCUGCUGACCACCAGCUCAAGCCGAUCGAGUGCCGACGCCGAAGAACCUGCGAAAAUCAAAGAUACCGCUACUUCAACGGCAGUCGAGCAGUGA